AUGCCUAGUGGCUUGCUGCCUACGACCCUGACUCCCACGCACUACGACAUCCACCUGCAGCCGGACAUGGACAGCAGCAAGUUCAGCGGCUCGGUCACCAUCACUGUGCAGGUCAACGAGCCCACAUCAACGGUAAUCCUCCACGCAAUGGAUAUGGAGAUCGCGCAGGCCACGGUGCUUGCAGCCGACAGCACAAUGCUGGCACGCGUCACUGAAAUCGCAUACGACGCAGGCGCAGAGACAGCAACCAUCAAACUGCCGGUGGAGCUGCGCCCGGGCCGAGUGCAUUUAAUAAUCGAAUAUGCAGGGGUGCUCGGCGAUAGCAUGUACGGCAUGUACAGAUGCAGAUAUCGUGACCGCUCAGGCCAACAGUCGUACAUGAUUGUCACGCAGUUUCAGGCAAAGUGCGCGCGCCUCGCGUUUCCGUGCUGGGACGAGCCCGCAAUCAAGGCCGAGUUUGCACUAUCCCUGACCGUGCCUGCAUCAUUCACUGCGCUGUCCAACAUGCCAGUGUCGUAUACUGCCAGCCACGGCGCAUUGAAGACCGUGUACUUUGAAUGCACGCCACGCAUGUCCACGUAUCUGCUGGCCAUUGUUGCUGGAGAGCUGGACUACGUCGAGGGUGUUGCUAUGGCUGGGCCCAAUGGCGCCCCGGUCACCUGCCGGGUGUACACGCCCCCAGCUGAUGUUGACAAGGUCAAGUUCUCGCUUGACACCGCGGUGCAGGUGCUCGAGACCCUGGUCGAAAUGUUCGACUAUCCCUACCCGCUGCCAAAGCUGGACCUAGUGGCCGUGCCCGAGCUGGAGGCUGGCGGCAUGGAGAACUGGGGCCUGGUGCUAUUCCGCACCGUGCGCCUGUACAUCACCGACCAGACCAGCCUCUGGAUUCGCCAAAAGGCAGUAUACGUGAUUGCGCACGAGCUCAGUCACCAGUGGUUUGGGAACCUGGUAACCAUGUCGUGGUGGGACGACCUGUGGCUCAAUGAGGGGUUUGCGACCUGGAUCGGAAUCUACAUCACCGACAAGCUCUACCCGCAGUGGCACCGCUGGGACCACUUUGCGAUCGAGGAUCGCCAGAGCGCGCUGAGCGCCGACUCACUGCGCUCGUCGCACCCAAUAAAGGUCGAGAUCAAGGGUGGUGCCGAUAUCGAUCAGAUAUUCGAUGCCAUCGCUUACUACAAGGGCUGCGCGCUAAUCCGCAUGCUGAGCUCCCACCUGGGUAUCGAUGUGUUUAUGAAGGGCGUGCGUGCGUACCUGGUCGCCCACCAGCAGGCCUCUGGCCAACAGGUGAGCCGGUUCAUGGACAAGUGGAUCACCAUGGUUGGAUACCCCGUGGUUCACGUCGAUGAGAUCCCGGGAACUGGCCAAAUCCGUGUGACACAGAACCGCUAUCUGUACUCUGGAAACGUAAAGGCCAGCGAGGACACCGUCGAGUGGUGGAUUCCUCUCGGGAUUGCGCGCAGCGGAGUUUUUGACAUCCCAACCGGAGCUCACUCGCGCUGGUUCAAGCUAAACUACGACAAUGCCGGGCUCUAUCGAGUCUGCUACUCGAGGUCGGCACAGCGUCGGCUUGCAGUUGCCAUAAAGAACAAUGAGCUGCGCACGGUCGACGUAGUCGGCAUUUUGACCGACAUGAUUGCGCUGCUCCUGGACAUGAUGGAAUCGUUCCAAAGCGUCAACGACCUGUAUGUCGAGAGCAUGUACAUGACCUGGGCCGACGAGUCUGACAAUUUGCGCCAGCGCAUUCUGUCGUUUGCCCGCUCGAUAUUCAGUCCACUGGCAGCAGCACUGGGGUGGUCCCACCGGGAGGGCGACAGCGCCCUCGAGGCACGCUUGCGCGCCAUAUCGAUCCCGCGUGCUGGCUGGGCCGGUGACACUCUGGUAAUCAACCAGGCGUGCCAUCUGUUUGAAAAGUUCUACAACAACCCCGACAACAAGCCGUUCCAUCACGACUUCACAUCGUCGAUAUUCGAGAUUGCUGAGAUGUACGAGAACAACGCCAAAUGGCACCUGAGCGAAGACCACCGCAUGGCUGCACUCGGCGCCAUGGCGUGCACAUCCGACUGCGACCGCAUGUGGGAGACGCUCGACUACGCGCUGUCAGAGCACGUCCUGCCGCAGGACCUCAACAUCGUCAUCGGCUUCAUGGUGUCGGCCAACCACCACAGCAAGCACGUGGUGUGGAAAUGGUUCACUGCCAAUUACCAGAGAAUUCUUGAUCGCCUCGGCGAGUGCUCUGCCUUGCUUGGCUACGUAACACCAAUCGAGGACUGGUUCAAGAACAAGCAGACUGCUGCCUUUGACCGUAGUCUGCCACAGGCACUCGAGUUUAUCCGCAUCCGCGCAAACUGGCACGACCGCGACUUUGAGGAUGUGACAAAGUGGUUCCAGGCAAAUGUCAACAUUUAG